AUAAGACACAAGUGCGAGUAUAAAAAGGUUAUAAUAUUAACCGAAAUGAGAUUUAAUGAUUCACUUGGUUUCUUCUUGGCUUCCUUUCUUUUGAUUUUGAACACUGAUUUUCUAGGUGAAAAUGGAGAGGGUAAACGCUAGAUUAGCCGUUCUCUCUGCGCACUUGGAGAUGUCUGAUCCCAUGCCGGCGGCGAUAAAGCCAUGGUGCACAUCAAGUGCUGGUGCACCGCAUGGAUCCCUAAUGGGAAACUUGACGAUCGUUGAUGAGCGUACGGGGAAGAAGUAUCAGGUCCCAGUCUCUGAGGAUGGUACCGUUAAAUCCAUUGAUCUCAAGAAGAUAACGACGGGGAAAGAUGACAAGGGACUUAAAUUAUACGAUCCAGGUUACUUUAACACGGCUCCUGUUCGAUCUUCCAUUUCUUACAUCGACGGAGAUGAAGGCAUCCUACGUUAUCGUGGAUACCCAAUUGAAGAGUUGGCUGAGAAUUGUACUUUUCUUGAGGUUGCUUACCUCCUCAUUUAUGGGAACCUGCCUUCACAACGCCAGCUAGCUGAUUUGGAGUUUGAGGUUUCUCAGCAUUCAGCUGUUCCACAAGGGCUUCUAGAUAUUAUCCAGUCCAUGCCUCAAGAUGCACAUCCAUCGGGUGCUUUUGUCAGUGCAGCUGCAAUGAGUGCACUUUCCCUCUUUUAUCCUGAUGCAAAUCCUUCUCAUAUGGGCCAAUAUAUUUACAAGUCAAAACAAGUUCGUGAUAAACAGAUUUUUCGUAUUCUUGGACAGGCACCUACGAUUGCAGCAAAUGCUUUUCUGAGGACGUCAGGCAAGCCUCCUGUUCUUCCUUCGAACAACUUUUCUUAUGCAGAGAACGUACUCUAUAUGCUGGAUUCAAUGGGAAAUAAGUCUUACAAACCUAAUCCCCGGCUAGCUCGAGUGUUGGACAUCAUCUUCAUACUGCAUGCUGAACAUGAAAUGAACUGCUCUACUGCUGCUGCCCGGCAUCUUGCUUCGAGUGGUGUUGAUGUGUACGCUGCUAUUUCCGGAGCUGUUGGAGCCCUUUAUGGUCCACUUCAUGGUGGUGCAACUGAUGCUGUGUCUAAGAUGUUAUCAGAGAUUGGAACUGUUGAAAACAUUCCAGACUUCAUCCAAUGCGUGAAGAACAAGAAGAGGAGGUUGUCAGGUUUUGGACACCGUGUUUAUAAAACCUACGACCCUCGAGCAAAAGUGGUUAGAAAACUGGCGUAUGAAGUGUUCUCCAUUGUUGGAAAGGAUCCUCUGAUUGAGGUAGCAGCUGCUCUAGAGAAGGCGGCACUCUCUGAUGAAUAUUUUGUUAAGAGGAAGCUUUACCCAAAUGUUGAUUUCUACUCUGGAUUAGUCUAUAGGGCAAUGGGAAUCCCACCACAAUUCAUUGCAGUCCCACGUAUGGCUGGAUACUUGGCACACUGGCUUGAGUCGUUAGAUGAUCCUGACACUAAGAUCAUGAGACCCCAACAGGUCUAUACUGGAGUGUGGCUAAGGCAUUACGCUCCAGUGAAGUGAUUUGGAUUCUGAUCAGAUUGUUCCUUGAAAUGGGAAAUAGACCAGACAAAGAACUUUCAUAUAUGUUGUAUUAUGUAUUUGUACAUGUUCUGUAAUACAUAAAACAGAUUAUGAUGCCGUGAAUAUAUUUAUAUAUUUUGCAAAAUGAAAUAAAAAUAUAUUAACAUA